CCUGCCCUAUACCCUUUGGUCUCUCUUCAACUCUCCCUCGUUCGCUCUUUGUUGUUGCGCUGCCUGCCUGCCUGCCUGCCGCCUCGUUCGCCUUGCGUCCUGUCCUCGCCUAUCCAUCUCCUCUUGCCUGCCUGCCCGCCCGCGACUCGCGCCUUCCCGCUGCGACCACCCUCCUCCCCAUCCACCGUGACCGCUCCUUCAUUCCUCCAUUGGUCCCGCCCCUGCCCGAUACAUAAUCACUCCCUCACCACCUUGACCUUGCCUCUCGUAUCCAUCCGUCUCUUCUGCUACACUCACCCUCUCUGCUUAUACCUCAUCCAAACACCCCCAUCCCAUCCCGCAACAUCAUGACCAACUCGCUGGAAUCCUCCCGUCCUAUACUCGCCAACUCAAGUGGCAACCGCGCCUCCACCCGCAUGUCUACCUACAGCGCUGCACCCACCCUGACCCCCUCGGUCGCGCCAUCCCACCUCUCUGGCGCCUCUUCGACGGUCGGCGACCCAAAGGCCCAGGAAAUCAAGUCAUGGAACGAGGGUUUCGAGCGUCUUGAGGACAAGCGCCUUUCCCAGCAACGGUACACACUCGACGCCGAGAAGACGGACAACAUGAGCAAAAUCGCCCUGGGAGCCAAGCUGGACCGCGCCCUCGCACGCCGCAUGUCUGGUCAAGACGCCGUCUUCAGACCGAAGGGCUUCAACGAGAAGAAAGUGAGCGCAUAA